UGUAAAAUAGCGGAAGCAGGAAUUCGCGUCAAAAAGAAAGAAUGGUCUCCGUGCUAUCUUUUCCUCUCUUCUGCUCACAUCAUAUUUUAUAAGGACGAACGAAGCGCCGAGAAAUCCGGUCGUCAUUAUGAAGCACCACUGGGUAUGUGCGACCUUCGAGGCGCAACGAUACAGUGGGUUGAUGAAAAAGAUAAACGCCGAAAACAUAUUUUUCAGAAAUCCGGUCGUCAUUAUGAAGCACCACUGGGUAUGUGCGAUCUUCGAGGCGCAACGAUACAAUGGGUUGAUGAAAAAGAUAAACGCCGAAAACACAUUUUUCAAGUAA